AGGCCAUUAAGCCCAUCCUAUUAUUUUGGGCUACUGAGGCCCAUAGUGGUCAUCACUGUUCGGAUUAUCUCUUGCCCUAAAUUUUCCCACUUUCUCGUUAAUCAAGUAAAACGUUCUUCAACGUCCCGUUCUGAUCUCAGCCGGCGAGCUUUCACAGGCGGCGCAGCUAUUUCAGAGUAGCAAGGAGAGGAAGGCAAAUAGCAAGUUCGCGUAAUAAUGGGAAGCCGAUUGGGGAGAAGAGUGGUGAACUUCGCAAAUUUGCCCAUCAAGCUUUUGAUGCCCAGCACCUUCACAAACAUUAAGGAGAUUGCCCUUAAGACCAUACCCUCUGCUUCGAAGAUAGAAAUCAAGCGGGUCCUUGAGUCCCUGUAUGGAUUUGAGGUCGAAAAGGUCAGAACCCUCAACAUGGAGGGCAAAAAGUGGAAGAGAAACUGGCUCCUUAUGGCAAAACCGGACUACAAGAAGGCAUAUGUUACCCUAAAACACCCGCUUUCUAUAUCCUCGGAUCUGUUUCCGAUUCGUCUGAUUGAAGAGAACAAGACGACCUCGGGCAAGAAGGGGAAGUCUAGCAUUGUCGAGGAGAGUGAGAAGAAAAGGCACUGGCUUGAAGGGAAAGAUGAGAACAGUAUCAAGCAGGAAAGAGGCCAUGGUGAGAGGAGCAGAGGCACUGGUGCUAGUCAGGCGAAGUUUCCUUGGAGCUACAUGAAAUCUGGUCCUGGUAGGUAGAGCCCGAAACGAGGUCUUUAUGUACGUGCUGAUGGCAACUUUGUUUUCAAGAGGUCGUGAAGCUUCCAUGCUUAAGUUUAGUCAUUAUAGUGAGGAGGGUAAUCUAAUGAGUCUCUUAUGUUAAAUGAAGCUCGACCUAGUAAGUACAUUCAAGACAUUAUGGUUUCGUCAAAUAAGAUUUUGAGCUCUCUUUCCUCAC